ACUCCAUAUCAUUCUUAUUGAUUUUGGACAUGUCUUCCUCCUCAUCAGGAUCAGAAGAAGAGGAUGAAGGAUUGGAUUCGUACAGAAAAGGAGGAUACCAUGCUGUCAAAAUUGCUGAUUCAUUCGCUGGUGGUCGAUACAUCGCCCAAAAGAAACUCGGUUGGGGUGAGUUCUCCACCGUUUGGCUCGCCUAUGAUACUCAAUCCUCCAAAUAUGUGGCCUUGAAGAUCCAAAAAAGCGCACCACAAUUUGCUGAAGCUGCCCUUCAUGAGAUACAAAUCCUUUCUGCUAUUACCAAAGGUGAUCCCUCAAACACUAAGUUCGUGGGACACCUAAUAGACCACUUUAAACAUGCUGGUCCGAACGGGCAACACUCAUGCAUGGUCCUGGAAUUCCUUGGUGAAAACUUGCUACGUCUUAUCAAGUACAAUCGAUACAAGGGUCUUGCAAUGACCCAAGUUAGGGAGAUAUGCAAAUGCAUUUUGAUUGCUCUAGAUUAUCUGCACAGGGAGCUCAAACUCAUACACACUGACCUCAAACUAGAAAACAUUCUUCUAUAUUCUACCAUUGUUCCUUCAAAAGAUCCAGUCAGGUCGGGAACGGCUCCGGUUCUUCGACGGCCGACGGCGAGCGAGGGGACGAAUUCGAAUUACGUAUUAGCAGUAAAUAGUAGUGAGAAAAAGCUGAAACAAAAGGCGAGAAAAGCAGUGGCAAGAAUAUCAGAAAGGCGAGGUUUCGUCGAAGGAGUAGGGAAGGGGGGGAGAUGUUUGGAUGGGAUUGAUUUGAGAUGUAAGGUUGUUGAUUUUGGGAAUGCAUGCUGGGAAAGUAAGCCACUAGCUCAAGAAAUUCAAACUAGACAGUAUAGAGCUCCAGAAGUUAUAGUUGAAUCAGGCUAUUCUUUCCCUGUUGAUAUGUGGUCCUUUGCGUGUAUUGCAUUUGAGCUUGCAACUGGUGAGAUGAUGUUUACUCCCACCGCUGGAGAAGGCUACAGUGAAGAUGAGGAUCACCUUGCUUUGAUGAUGGAGCUCCUUGGAAAGAUCCCUCGCAAGAUGACCGCAUGUGGGGCUCGAUCCAAGGAUUAUUUCAACAAAUAUGGUGAUCUAAAGAGGAUUCGGAGAUUGAAGAACUUGUCUUUGGAGAAACUACUUGUUGAAAAAUAUACGUUUUCCGUGACUGAUGCUCAUGAAUUUGUUGGUUUUCUUUGUCCCUUACUUGAUUUUGACCCAGAGAAGCGACCAACUGCUCAACAGUGCCUACAACACCCUUGGCUUAAUAUCAGUAGUUAGAAAUACAAUGAGGGCAAAGAAGAAUACUAGAAUCUGCCUUCAAAUUAGUCUGUGAAGUAUUGUAGGAAAGCAAAUGCAUUUUUCCACUUUGAAUUUUGCUUCUUGUUUAUUUUUUGGAGAGUUUAGAACUCUUUAUGGCAUUUGAUUUUACUUAGCAAAGAUCGAUGUAGUUUAGUAGAUGACUAGGAUGGAAAGAUGAUACCUUGUGAAGUAAU